UCUCUCUAAACCCUCUCCAAAAUUCCACCAAGAUCAUCAACCAAAUUCAAGGAUCCCAAGCUUUAAUUCCGGAUUCAAGAUUCAAUCUCAAGCAAUUCUCCAUUCCAAUCUUCAUCAAGAAUUCUCCAAAGUUGAGGGACCGGAGCACCGCUUGACCCUCGUCCUCCGCGUGGCUAAUACGAUUUUCUAUCAAGGUUAUUGAUCAUGCCUAAUACAAGAGGAAGACGAGCCCGCGCACCCGAGGAACAACCGACCAAUGGGGAUCUUCGGGAUGCCCUUACUUUAUUUGCACAAGCUAUGGCUAAUCAAGCCAACCACGGGGCCCAAACCCCUCAGGCUCCUACCCCGGCAUCUCGGGUGAGAGACUUCGUGCGGAUGAAUCCCCCGGAAUUCUAUGGGUCUAAGUUAAAUGAAGACCCUCAAGAGUUCAUUGAUGAAGUCCUCAAGAUAUUAGCUAUCAUGGGCGUGAAGUCAGAAGAUAAGGCGGAGUUGGCGGCCUACCAACUAAAAGGGGUGGCCCAAAUAUGGUACAACCAAUGGAAGGAAGAGAAGGGGGUAAACUAUGUGGUGCAUUGGGAAGAGUUCAAAACGGCUUUCCUUAAUCGAUUCUUUCCUCUUGAGCUUAGGGAAGCCAAAUUGGUGGAGUUCAUGAAUUUAAAACAAGGGUCUAUGAGUGUGAGGGAGUAUGCCCUCAAGUUUAACCAACUUUCAAGGUAUGCUCCACACUUGGUUGCCGACUCACGGUCUAGAAUGAACAAAUUCGUGAUGGGUGUGUCCGACCUAGUGAGUGAAGAAUGCCGGUCCGCAAUGUUGAUUAGUGACAUGGACUUGUCCCGCUUGAUGGUCUAUGCCGAACAAAUGGAGGAGGAGAAGUUGAGGAAGAGGAGGGGUCAUGAGGCCAAGAGGGCCCGUUUUGAGGGAAAGUUCCAAAGUAGAACGGGAGGCCGGUUUCAUCAAGGUCAAGGGUCUUCUCAUGCGCUCCAUAAGGGGUUUGCCAAUGAUGUUCCAAGGGCCCAAGGUGUUAGGGGUGUAAGUGCAUUGUUGCAUCCCUAUGUGGGCUGA